AUGAAGCACAGCCGCCUCACUUCAAUCGAAGAAAGAAAUCGAGCUUUAAUGGAUAACUUUAAAGAAGGUUUCGAUGGCGAAUUUGAGAUGAACGAAGCCAGCGCACAACUUCUGAAGCAGUUGGAAGCAUUUCCUGAUGCCCUGUACGAUAGUUACGACGAAAUGGAGCCGUGUCGGCUGACCGUAUAUCUGCUACAUUUGGCAAAUCUAGUGGGCUCCGCUUCUGCGGUUCUUCGAGUGCUCGGUGAACCACUAAAAAUUGCUCUCCCUCGACUGCUUUUAUUAUCAACUUCAAGGAAAAUCCUGAACAGCGGAAUGCGCUUAUUAGGCAUUGAACCAUUGCAAAAAAUGUGA